AUGCUUUUUUUUAUCGAUGAUGUUUAUCAAGCACCAGAAAGGCCAAUAGACCUGUAUUUAGAUCAUAUUGAGGAAGGAUUUGAGAACUGGUUGUAUGAAGAAAGUGAUGACAGUGGUUCAGCAAUCCAGGGGGAUGACAAAGAACGUUCACAAGGAACCCCUGAUCCUGAACCAUCCUAUAUGUUUGAUGCUGGUUUGGGAGAUGAAAUCAAUGAGGAAGUCUGUACCCCUCUAAACAAGACCAAGGACGAUGAGUUUCUUAACAAGUUACGCCCUGAAGGUGGAGAAGAGAAAAAGGUUGAAGAAAUGGAUACUAGUGAGGAAUUAGAAAAUGAUGUUCUUGAGCAACAUCCUAUCUUCAAUCCUCAGGCUCAAAAUGUGGAGAAAAUGACUACAGAAGUGACAAGUGGAAGUGGGAUACGAAUGGAAGGUAGGGAUACACAAGGUAUUAGGGUUAAGAGGACUAAGACAACAAAGGGUCAAAAUGUGAAGAAAAGGACUGCAAAAGUGGCAAGUGGAAGUAGGACAGGAAUGGAAGGUGGGGAUACACAAGGUACCAGUGAGAGUGGGACUACAAAAGUGACAAGGGAGAGGGGUAAUGUUGUACUUCCCCAUGUUAAGAGGAGGAAAAAGAAUGAAAGGACCAUCAAGAAAAAAUUGGCAACCCAAGUUAUAGGAAAGAAUAGAGAGGGGAACAUUUCAGAAAAACCUAUCAACUUGAAGUAG